UUUUCUUGAAAUUGUAAAGUAAUAUAAAAACACAAUAAUUAAUAUAAGAAUAAAACAAACGAUAUCAAGGAUCUUACAUUUUUUCAUGUAGGAAUUUCAAAUUCCAGCAGUAAUUUCGUUUGUUCUGCAUUUGCUGUUCGUUUAAUUCAAGUUUCAUCGGUUUAAUAAAUUGGUUACUGUAGAAACUCGAAGAAUUGUUGGUUAAAAUUACAGGGUCUGGAUUUUUGUUGAUGUUAUGGAAGAACAUUUUGCAGCGUUGAAAUUGUUGGAUGCGGAUAAUGAUCAUAAAUUAACUAGAACUAUCAGUUAUUCUGAGCUUCCAUCGUCUCGGCGAAUCUGUAUAGAAGAAUCAUAUUACUCUGGAAAUCCUUCUAGUUUGGUUAGACAAUACAGUUGCGAACAAAUGUUCGGUAAAACUACGAAUUCCAGACAAUUUAAUAAUGAAAAUGAGUGGCAGACGAUAGGUCCUUCCUCUAAUUUUGUUGAACCUGCUAACUGGCAAUUUUGUAAAAGUAAUAAUAUAAUACAUACACCAAAAUUUAUACUACCGAAACAAUCAAGUGAAAUAGGAUGCAAAGAAACUAAAAAUAUGAAUAUGCUGAAAGAUUCCAAAUUCUCAUUACGUUAUUCUUCUACAAAUACUAACAUAUCAGAUGAAAGGGAGCAUUUAUUAUGCUCAGGGCCAAAAAACACAGAAAAAGCUGAACAGAAACAGUUCAAUGUUACAAAUGAUAAUAAUAGAGGCACGUAUGAAGAUAUAAAAAAGAAAUUUAGACCUUUAGCAGCAAAGAAAAAAAGUCCUGUGAAAAAGAAAGGAAACAUGUGUUGCUAUAGUUUUUUAUGUUUAUGCAUGUUCCCAAUAGUUAUGGCAAUAUUUGCAAUAUUUUUAAAUUUAGAUUCAUUUAUGAUUUGUAAUCAUACAAUGCUUUUUUCAAAUGCUAGCCUUGAAUUACAACAAAAAAUAUAUGGACAAGGACAUGCAAUUUCGAAUAUCGUUUCAUUUUUAAAUACAGACACUUUUUAUGUGAAAGUAUUGUGUCUUAUAGGCGGAACUGGUGUUGGAAAAUCUUAUACCGCUGAAAUUAUAGCAAGAAAUUUUCCGUAUAAAGAUGAAAUUUUCGUCUAUGAUCGUAUUCUAGAAGAUACUAUAGAUACAAAUGCGUUAAAUUCAUCUCGUUCCGACGCAUUACUAAUUAUGGAAAAUUUGAAAAUGAAAGAUUUAGAUUUCUUUUCCGAUGCAAUGAACUUGUUAAGCAAGAAUAAAAAUAAAUGUAUUACGGUAUUAGCAAUUUUCAAUGUUAAAAGUUUAAAUAAUUAUUUAGGAAAAGAGGCAGAUUCGGUAGACAACGAAAAUGCAAUCAACAAAGUUUUCGUCGAUAAAAACAUAAAAUUUUUAGUUGUUCCUUAUAAACCGCUAAACGAGCAGAUAUUAGAAAUGUGUAUAACUGAGAUAGCAAGGAAUAGCAACAUGAGUCUUACCCAGAGUCAGAUAAAUAUAAUUAAGCAAAGUUUAUUAUUUUUCGGUAGUGGAUGUAAAGGUGCUUAUAGUAAGGUACAAGUUAUUGGUAGAGAAUAAAUCUGACAUAAUUUUUUGUUUUAUGAAUGUAUGUUCCUAUUCUAAUGAUCGUGAAAAGACUUUGAAGACUGGAGUAAUCAAUUCAAGUGCUCAAUUUGUAAAUUAGUUACUACUUUUAGUUGUUUAAAGUUGAGUGGUUUGUCAGUUGUGUAUUCCAACUUGAAAAUGACGCAGUAUUUAUACGAAUUUAGAUAGAAAGUAUAAUUAAUAUUUUUUUAUGUGGUAAAUGCUAUCAUUAGUUUUUAUAUCAUUAAAAUUUGAAGAUAUACGUUUGAAAUUUUGUAACUUGAUAUACUUUUUGAUGACAAUAAAUGAGAUAAAA